AUGCUCAUGGCACUAGCCAGUUAUAGCGAGCCUCACGGAAUUACUGCUAUGAAAACCAUCUUCCAACGACGAGGAGAUGGAAUCGAAAUUCCCGAAGAAGUCGACCAAGCAGCAGUCAGGAAUAAGUCUCAAGCAUUCAGAGUUAUGGACUUGCUUUUGGAGUAUGCGGGGGAAAAGCCUGCCAAUAUCCGAAAGGGUGGUCGUGGUAUCAACGAUGCAUAA